AUGCUAUCAUUUGAACAAUCUAAUAGCCCGGCGUCGUCCGGUGGCGACACCCUUUGCUUCACUCCGGAGCAGCAGACCGAGAGCCUUUACCACAGGCAGAUGAUCACGCCGUACGAUGUUUCCGUCAAAUACCAUGGCCCAGACGUCGAAGAGCUUCUCGCAGAGUUAGCUCAACUCAAGGAGGAACGGCGUGCAGACGCCACUCGUGACCUCCAUCUUCGAGCCCAACUUGCGGCAACGACCCAUGCGGCCGCGGAACGCGAGCGAGAUCUUACGAACAAGCUAGAGACGCUCGAAAUGCAGCUCUCCCAACGUGCACAGGUGGAGAACUUCAAACAGCUCGUGACCUCGUGGAACGGCCUGGACCAAAACGCUACAACUGCUCGACAACCGUUCAACAUCGAGGGCGAUGAUAUGUACAAGCGAAUCGAAGCAUUGAGUCGAGAUGUGGCGGAGGCACAGAAACGAGCGGAGAGCGCCGAAGCCGUCGCAAAGGACAUGCGAUGGAAGUUGCACGAUCAAGGCAUACAGUUCGACAACUUGAAGCGCGAGACCGUGCUACUGAAGAGACAAGCGGAGAAUGUCUCGAAGCGCGAGCAGGACUUGCAGCAGGAGCUGGCUACUAUACGCACGGAGGCACAGAGGGUCCCAGCCCUUGAAGGAUACCUAGGAAUAUGGAAAGCCCGCGCCGAACUAAACGAUAUCCGUGUACGCCAGCUGGCAGCCGAAGCUGCCUCUUCGCGACUUCAGGCAGAGCGUAUCGCGGAGCUGGAAAUGGCGCUCAAACAACGCAGCUCGCAAGCUGGUGUCGCCGAAGCGCGCGUGCGAGAGCUAGAGAGCGAGAACGAAGCGCUGCGCCAGGAUGUGAACUUGGCAGCGGCCCAUAUUUCCGAGCUCAACGCCGCGGAGAGCUACGUCGUCCAGCUGAAAGCGGAGAACAGAACUUUGUUGUCCCGUGCAGAAUCAGCUGAAGCGAUGUUGAGAUCGUAUCACGGCGUGGUACUACAACGUUCCCAGGAUAUGCGCGGCGAACUAGAGGUUCUACGUGCUAGAGCCCAACAGAUUCCGGCGCUGGAGGCGACUGUUGCACACCUUCGCUCUCAGGUCGAGCGAUUCGUUGAGAUGGAAGCGGCUUUCGUCCAACUUCGCGCUCAGGCUCAGCAGGCCGACGAGCAUGCCAGGCAAGUCGAGAGCGACAAUAUCGCUCUACGCGCGCGUCAAAGCCAGGCAGAGAGCACACGAGCAGCACUCGUCUCUCGCGCUGAAGCGGCUGAGCAACGCUCGACACAUCUGGCAGCGGACACGGAACAGUUGCGCGCUCGUGCGCAUGCCGCAGAAGCCUCUCUCGCGGAAGCUGUCGAAAGGUUGAACGUCAUGGAGGGUUACCUACGGCGGUGCGAUGAGAGGGCUUCGAAGCUUGGGGAUGAAGUACUCGGCCUACGCGCGGCUCUCACGGAAGCUAGGAAGGAGACGGCCACAAGCGCCGAAACCGAACGCCUGCGGGCCGAGCGCGACUCUUUACUCUCAGGAAUGCGCGAGCUUCUGCCUUCAACAGCCGGAUCGGAAUACUCGGAUGCUUCAGAAGUGCUGCGUGCAGUCGAGAACGAGUUUGAGCGAAUGCGGGAGCGCGCGUCUGCUAUUGAACAGCGACUGCUUGACCUAGGAGAGCGUUUAGAGGCGCGUGGCAAAAGCUAUACUAUACUGAAGACGCGGCUCGCCGAGGUCGAGCGCAAUGUGUGGAAGUUCUAG